AAAGCCAAUGACAGGACCAUAAAUGUUACUGUGUUUUGCAGGGUUCCCAAAUUCCAGCAAUUUGGGUGGAGAAAGUGAGCCAGACAAAAAAUGGGUAUGAAAACAUGGUUGCUGGAGUCGCUUCCAAUAGUAGCCAUGGUGGUUAUACAGAUCCUUGAUGUUGGGUUGACCACAAUCAGCAAAGCAGCCAUGUCCAAAGGAAUGAGUCGCUUCGUCUUUGUUGUCUACUCAAAUGCUCUUGCCACUCUCAUUCUUCUCCCCUAUGCUCUCAUCUUUGAAAGAAAAAGGAGACCACCACUCACUUUCUCUCUCCUCUGUAAAUUCUUCCUCCUCAGCCUUUGUGGGAUAAGUCUUAUGCAGAAUUGUGUAUUUACUGGUGUGAACUAUAGCUCUCCUACACUUGCAUCUGCUUUGAGCAACUUGAUUCCAGCUUUCACUUUCUUGCUUGCUAUAAUCUUCCGAAUGGAAAAUUUGGAUUUGAAAAAUUCCAAAUUCCAGAUCAAAAUUCUGGGCACCUUGGUAUCAAUUUCAGGAGCAUUGAUUAUCAUCUUUUACAAAGGACCCACAAUUGGAACCUUGCCAGAUUCAUCCACUGAAAACGGUCACCCAUUAAAACCAUCAUACUCAACAAUGUUGGCAACAACAAAUAAUUGGGUCAUAGGAGGCAUUUUCCUUGUAAUUGCUGGUUUAUCUAAUUCUGUAUCCAUUAUUUCUCAGGCAGCAAUUCUUAAAAAUUACCCAUCAGAGAUGACUGUGGUCUCCUUCUAUUGCCUCUUUGGUACCAUUCAAUGUGGAGCAUUUUCUUUAGCAGUUGAAAGAGAUCCAAAUGCCUGGAGACUGACACCUGAUGUUCAGCUUGCCUCUGUUUUCUAUUCAGCUAUCGCUGGAAGUGUAUUAACAUUUUCAGUGCAAAUGUGGUGCAUUCAGAAGAAAGGGCCAUUAUUUGUGGCCAUGUUUACUCCUUUGGGGAUCGCUGUUGCUGCUUUAAUGAGUGGCAUAUUUUUAGGUGACAGUCUUCAUGUUGGAAGUGUGAUUGGAGCAGUAAUAAUUGUGAUAGGCUUUUAUGGAGUAAUGUGGGCACAAAAGAAUAGGGAAAAGAGUGUUACCCAUGAAGUUGAUAGACAGCAAUCAUCAUCCUUGCAGAAGACCCCUCUAUUGGCAAGCCAAACACCUGUUUGAACCAUUGUGAUGAAACUCAUUCUUAAAUGAGUUGAAGGAGUUCAGAGGUUUAAUAUGAAAUCUAAAGCCAUGACAAUUUGAACCACCUGUUGAUGUAUUUAUUUAUGUAUACAGCAAAGAAUCAGAUUUUCUUAAGGAAAUGAAAAUGAUAAACAGGAUUGUUAA